UCCGGCCUCGAAAUCUCCAAUUAUCCGAGCCAGCUUCGGCGCGAAUAUCACGACUUCAUACGUACGUUGCUUGGGGGCUCUGUAAAGGCGCCACCGAUCCCUCCCACCACUCAAUCAACCUGCCCCUACUCACGCCAGGCCAAUCCGGUCUGGCGCAGGCUCCGACGGCUUGAGACCGCUCAGCCUGUCAUGUUCAACCAUCCGCCUAGUCAAUAUACAUCCAUCUUGAAUCCUCGUUGCGACGGCUGCCGCCAACAUGCGUCGCUCAAUGUUCAUCGCCGCAGAAAACUCGCGCCACCGAAUUGCCGCGAUCGCACUCUACCGUGCUCUCCUCAAAACCGGCAAAAAGAUUGCGAUUCCUCAAAACCUGCAGCCUUCGGGUCCAGUCCAUCCCAUCGUUCAUCUGAUCAGGAAACGGGUCCGCAAGAACAAAAGCUAUACCAGUCUUCGGCUUCUAUACGCCGCAAUGGCCGCUGGUUACAAGUUUCUCACAAUGUUCACGAAAGCCCAAAAUCCCAACUCCUCUGAAUACACCAUGAUCAUCGACCACUUGCGCAAACGCGCAGAAGAAGCCGCACUAUCUCGCUCAAAGCUCCCACCCCGGAAGAAACACAAGGCUUGGGAAAAGAGUCCUCCACUUCUCACCAAGAUCUCCAAGCCCAACGAGCCCCCGAAGUAUAUAUCAACAGUCCGGCCACGGCCCAAGUCGACGUUCAACGGUGAGAGGAAAGUACCCGUCUUUACGGGCACAUCCGAAGGCCUGCCAUUCCUCCGAACCCAAAAGCCCCAACCGCGCCUCCUAUCCAAGAGCAUAGAUAAGAAACAGCAAGUACUGCUAGGGAAGAUCUACAAUAUCGUCGACAUCGACGAAAAGCACAUGCCAGCUGCGGAACAAGAAGACAAUUGGGACAAGUUGAUGCGAAAGGAAUUGAGAGCGGCGGGGCUGAAGGAAGAGGGAUCUCUAGAAGGUCCAUUUAGCACAUACCAACGGAGUCAGGCAUUGGCAAAGCUUUGGUAUGUGGCCCAGAUCGACACGACGUGGAAUGACUGGAUCGCGCGUGGACGUGCAUUAAGCCAGAUUGUCGAGGACGAGAAGACCCUAGCAGGGAGGGAGAAACGAAUUGCGGACGGAACGCAGGGGCGUACUGAAGGCGUCCAAAGCGGCGGUGGCGUACCCGAUCCGAUCACAGCAAAGAUGGUUCGAGAUAAGCUUAACGCCCAAGCACCAAUCCCCGUGACAGACCCGUUUCUGGGUCCAAGUUGGCAGGCAGUGGUGAAGCGCGACGAAAAUCGGCUUCUGGCACGCAGUGCUCGUGAUCCCAGGGCAAAGACUGAACCUGGCGGCGAGCCAAGGCAAAGGAGAGGCAAUGCCCAGACGAACGACUCAAAGCAAAACCUAUCCAACGACGACCUCGAUCUCGACUCGGUGAUGGAUGCCUUCGAAACUCUCACGUUGAAGAGAAAGGUCUUUUAGACACUGUAGCAAGUAUUGUAUUAACAUAUACCCAAAUCAUCACGGAUGGAGUCGGUUACGAAUAAAUAGUUCACGGGACAAUGAUAUAAACUGGGUACGGUGACC